GCGGGUGUCCCGCGCGCCGCCCCCGGGCUCGUGGCUCUCGGGUCCCCCCGAGCCAGGGGACACUCCCGGCCAGCGUGGGCCGCGAGCCCGGGCGCAGCCCCCUCUCCAGCCCGGGGGUCCGCCCCGCGCGUCCGGCCGAGCUCUGCGGGCGGGCGCGGCUUCUCCCGGGACGCAGCGGCGGCGGCGGGCGGGGUCCCCAGGAGCGGAGCCCGCGGCCGCGCGCCCCCGGCCCGGCUCGGCUGUGGCGGCCGCCCCAGCGGAGCUUUGUGACGUCAGGCGGCCGCGGGGCGGCGUCACGCGCGGGGCUGACCCGGCGGCAGCGGCGGCGGCGGCGGCGGCGGCGGCGGCGGCGGCGGGGCGGGGGCGGCCUGGGACGCGGCGGGAGCAUGGAGCCGCGCGCCGGCUGCCGGCUGCCGGUGCGGGUGGAGCAGGUCGUCAACGGCGCGCUGGUGGUCACGGUGAGCUGCGGCGAGCGGAGCUUCGCGGGGAUCCUGCUGGACUGCACGAAAAAGUCCGGCCUCUUUGGCCUACCCCCGUUGGCUCCGCUGCCCCAGGUCGAUGACCCCCCUGCCGACAACAGCCAUGGCCGGGCUCCCGAGGAGGGGGAUGCAGAGGUGAUGCAGCUGGGGUCCAGCUCCCCACCUCCUGCCCACGGAGUUCAGCCCCCCGAGACCACCGGCCCCGAGCCACCCCCGCCCCUCGUGCCGCCGCUGCCCGCCGGAAGCCUGCCCCCGUACCCGCCGUACUUCGAAGGUGCCCCCUUCCCUCACCCGCUGUGGCUCCGGGACACGUACAAGCUGUGGGUGCCCCAGCCGCCGCCCAGGACCAUCAAGCGCACCCGGCGGCGUCUGUCCCGCAACCGCGACCCCGGGCGCCUCAUCCUCAGCACCAUCCGCCUGCGGCCGCGCCAGGUGCUCUGUGAGAAGUGCAAGAGCACGCUGAGCCCCCCGGAGGCCAGCCCCGGACCCCCAGCCGCGCCCAGGGCCCGCAGGAGGCUGGGCAGUGGCCCGGACAGGGAGCUCCGCAAGCCAGAGGAGCCAGAGAACGGCGACCCCACGGCUGCGGCCACCGCCAGGAGGAGCAAGAGGGAGAGGCGAGAGGAGGACAGGGCCCCGGCAGAGCAGGUCCCGCGGAGCCCGGUCAUCAAGAUCUCCUACAGCACGCCCCAGGGCAAGGGAGAGGUGGUCAAGAUCCCCUCCCGCGUGCACGGCUCUCUGGAGCCCUUCCGUCCCCAGCAGGCCCCGCAGGACGACGGCAGCCGGGACCCCGAGGUGCUGGACAGAGAGUCCCGGGACCGGCCGUCCUGCGCGCCCUCGGCCUCCAUCCCCAAGCUGAAACUGACACGGCCUGUGCCGCCCGGCGCGGACCUGCCGCCCCCUAAGAUCCGCCUGAAGCCCCACCGUCUGGGGGACAGCGAGCACGAGCCCGUGUACCGGGCCGAGCUGGUGGAGGAGCUGAACGGGUACCCGCGGGACAGCUCGCCGGCGCCCUGUGCGGACGGCCCUCCCGGUGGGCUGGCAGACCUGUCUUCUGGAAGUUCGGGUGAGGACGAUGACUUCAAGAGCUGUCCCCAGGGUCCACAGGGACGCGAGGGCUUGGCUUUCCUUGUCAGCUGCCCUGAGGGGAGAGCGGACUGUGCCAGUGAGUCGGCGUGCAGCAGCGACAGCCUGGACGAGGCCAGAUCGUCCGGCUCAGAAGGGACACCGGCAGACACGGGUGACCUCUCGCCUGGCCACGGCGCAUCGGCGCCCUCGGCGUCCAGAGAGGCUCGCCAAACGGUGCCGCCCCUGACGGUCAGGCUGCACACACAGAGCGUGUCGGAGUGCAUCACGGAGGACGGCAGGACUGUGGCCGUGGGGGACAUCGUCUGGGGUCACCGACGAUGAGGGCACACCUGCUGUCCUGGAGCUUCUGAUCUCUGUUCGGGGACCCUGUGAGCCUUCUGGCCGGCUGCGUGCAGAGCCCACUGGGCACGGUGGUCGGCCUGGUGUGAGGCCCCCCAGGGACCGGCAGUGCGUCCAGGGAGGGGAUGGCCCUGAGCCCAGCGGCUCCUCCCGCCGGGUAUAUUUCUUCCCGCCACUCAGCCCGUGGCUGCCCUGGCUCACGAGGCAGUCGGGACUCGUGACUUGCUGGCUGCUGCUGCCUCGCGUGCUGGGGUUCCAUGGAGGAACUGGGCCUGCCGCCCCGGCCUCGCCUGCUGCCCGCAUGCUGGGGUCCCGUGGAGGAGCCCGGCCUGGCACCCCGGCCUCGCCCAGCGGCUGGUAUGGGCAGCUGUUCCCUGCCUCGCAGUGUCCUGGAGGCAGCCGUCUCGCAGGCUCAGCUUGGUCUCCCGCAGGCUUCAGAAAAACCCAAUUGCACGUGUGGGAUUCUUCCCCAGCCCUUGGGUGCGGGGUCUCUGUGCACUUGAGAGCUGGGGGACCCACCCACCGUCUCCCACUCCAAGUUCAUCCCAGAGUGUGGGGCCCGCUGGGCACCCGGCACCCGGCCUGCAAGGCCACCUGUCCCCCAGAUGCUGCUACGAGUGACCAGUGCUGUGUGGAGGAGGCCGAGGGCGGCCCCUGGGAAACCAGGCUUCAACAGUACAAGGAAAAGAAACUUGCUCUGUUUUGUAAGAGCGUGUUUCUUUUCCUCUUUUUUGUCACUUUAAAGACCAAAAAGAAUAAAGAAAGAAAAGAAAUUAA